AUGGGUCCACAGCUGCGAAAAACAACCAGUAUGGCCGCUUGGACUGAAAUACUUCCCGUUUCCGACGAAGUCACCUCUCCGAGAUGUCUCCAGGAUAUUGACCGGAAAGAGCUGUUCUUGCUAGUGCAGGAACGUAACAUAGAGGGCCUGAAAUUGUUCGGCGGUGAUGUUAAGUCAUUGGUGGCCGCCCUAGAGUCUGAUCCGAAAUUAGGAAUCAGUAGUGAUGUCGAUCAUGUUGUGAAAAGGAUGGAAAUGUUUGGGUUCAACGAUUACAUCAAACCGCCCGUCAGGUCUAUCUUCAGCUUUGUGGUGGAGGCGAUCAGCUUUCGGAUCUUCAUUCUCCUAAUCUGGGGGAUCAAGAGGCUUGCAGUUGGGAUCAAGCAGCACAGAGUCAACCAAGUAUUGUACGACGGCGCUAUUAUAGUUACUCUUAUUCUUUAUGUGAUGGUCUACUCUUAUUUCUACUACAAGAAAGCAAGGAUGCUGGCGAAUGAGGAGAGUAAAAAUGAAAUGGUUCGUGUAUUGAGAGAUGGACGCAGACAGGCCAUCUCGAUCUUACAGGUGGUUGUAGGCGACGUCGUGUGCUUGUCCACCGGCGACCGUGUGCCUGCAGACGGGUUGUUCUUGAAUGGCCGCUCUAUGAAAGUCCACGAGUCAAACAUGAAUGGUGAGACUCAUGAGGUUGACCAGGCCACAAACCCUUUUUUGCUCUCAGGAACAAUGGUAGUUCAUGGCUAUGGCCGCAUGAUCGUCACUUCAGUCGGCAUGAACACGUCUUGGGGUAUUGAAUCGGGUGAUUUCAACCUACUCACUCCCAUACAGCAACGCAUAUCCAAAUUGUUUCCCAUGGUCUUGAAGAUCAUUUUGUUGGCCGUCUUCUUCGCAAUUCUUACUAUCAGGUAUUUCACCGGGAACAUGAGGGACGAUGAGGGACGCCCGGAGUUCACAAAGGGGCAGACGAAAGCUGCCGACACAUUGGAAACUAUUUAUAGUAUUAUUAAGAGGGUAAUGGAGGGCGAUAACGUAGAUGUUCGGAAGCCUUGGGCUUGCGAAACAAUGGGCUUCGCCACGACAAUCUGUACGGACAAGACUGGCACUUUGACUUCAAAUCAAAUGGAAGUCACUCAAGUUUCGAUGGGCAAGGAGCCACUCACAACAGAAAGUCAUAGAAAUAAAAUCUCAACACAGAAUAUUGCACUUGUUCAGACAUUAUUACAAGAAGGCAUAGUUUUGAAUACAAGUGAAGAGGUCUAUAUGAAGAAGAAGGAGGUGAAGAAGAAGAAUAAGUGGUGGUCCUGGUGGAAGAAUAUGAAACGGAAGCUGAAGAACAAGAAGAAAGGGAUGUCUGGAAGCCCGACAGAAAACGCUAUCCUGAGCUGGGCAGUGUCGGAUUUGGGUGCGGACAUUGUAGAAGUAAAGCAACGCUAUCAAAUAGUCCAUGUUGAAGCUUUCAACUCCUUCAAGAAACGUAGCGGAGUUUUGGCUAGAACAACCGGCGCCCUGGAAGCACACUGGAAGGGGGCUGCAGAAAUGAUUCUGGGCAUGUGCUCGGAUUUCUACGAUCAACAUGGGACGAUUAUGCCGAUGUCGGACGAAGAUAGAAAGCAAUUCCGUCGAAUCAUUGACGAUAUGGCUAAGAAGGGUCUAAGAUGCAUUGCUUUUGCUCAUAAAAAAAUAGAAGAAGUUGGAGAAAGUAGUAGUAGUAAUAAUAAUAGUAUUGCAGAAGAAGAUCAAUUAAAUGAAGAUUCCGGAUUUACCUUAUUAUCGAUCGUGGGUAUUGAGAAUCCCUGUCGCCCGGAGGUUAGAAAAGCAGUGUUGUCCUGUAAAGAUGCUGGUGUCGACGUCAAGAUGAUCACCGGAGACAAUAAACUGACCGCCACUGCAGUUGCACUCGAAUGUGGCAUCCUCGGAGUAAACGAUAAUCAGGCCGACGCUGUGGUGGAAGGAGCGACGUUCAGAAACUACACCAAGGAAGAAAGGAUGGAAAAGAUUGACAUGAUCCGGGUGAUGGUUAGGUCAUCCCCCAUAGACAAGCUAUUAAUGGUGGAAUGCUUACAGAAGAAAGGACAUGUGGUGGCUGUUACCGGAGACGGAAGCGACGACGCACCCGCUCUCAGAAGAGCAGACAUCGGUCUUUCCAUGGGGAUUCAGGGAACAGAAGUAGCAAAACAGAGUUCAGACAUCAUGAUCAUGGACGAUGACUUCAACUCUGUGGUCACGGCUCUGAAAUGGGGAAGAUGCGUGUACAUUAACAUCCAGAAGUUGAUGCAGUUCAAAUUCACUCUAAGCAUAGUCGCGCUCUUCAUCAAUGUUCUCGCAGCAUUAUCCUCUGGCUUUGUCUCUCUCCCGUCUGACAAACUAUUGUGGGUCAACAUUAUAAUGAGCACUCUUGGAGCCUUAGCGCUGGCGAUGUCGGAGAAACCCACAGAGGACCUCUUAACAAAGAAGAAGCCAGUAGUGGUUCUGGGCGGGAGGAUCGAGCCGCUCAUAACAAAGGUCAUGUGGAGGAACAUAAUAGCUCAAGCAGUGUAUCAAAUCACAGUCUUAAUAGUCCUAGAGUUCAAAGGGACACAUUUUCUUUCCGUCAACGAAAAGAUAAAAGAUACAGUCGUCUUCAACAGCUUCGUGCUCUGUCAAGUGUUCAACGAAUUCAACGCCAGGAACAUAGAGAAGAAGAACAUAUUCACCGGUGAAAAACGGAACAACAUAUCAUUUUUUGGAAUCAUGUUGGCGACGGUGCUCCUUAAUGUUCUCGUGAUUGAGUUUCAAACCUCCGCAUCCAUACCCACACUCAACUGGGUACAAUGGUCCGUUUGCAUUCUCAUUGGCUCUCUCUCUUGCCCCAUUGCUUGCCUUGUCAAGCUCAUUCCAGUUUCAAGGAAAACACCACUCACCCUCCCAACAACCAAUCCUACUAUAUUUGAUCCUAGGUAG